AUGUCAAAUUGGUUUAAAGUUGCUAUUGAACAAAAAUACAUUACGUCAUUUGAGUAUGAUUCUUUUCAGAAUUGGGAAGAAAUAGGCAGAGGAGGGUCUGGUACUAUAUAUAGCGCUUAUUCAAGAGAUAUUGAAAAAACUAUAGCUUUAAAGAGUUUAUAUUGCGAUGAUAAUAUUUCGUUGAAUGGCUUUAUUAAAGAAGUCAAAAAUAUUACUAGAGUUGCACAUCAUGAUAAUAUAGUACGAUUUUUUGGAAUCACUCAAGAUAUAUCUGAUCCAACAGCAAUAACUUUACAAGUAAUUAUUGGCAAAAGAGAAACUCCUGUUAACGGAACUCCGAUUGACUUUAUGAAUAUUUAUUGUGAUGCUUGGAAUGGUGAUCCAAAUUUACGUCCUAGUAUAGCCGAAAUCCGUGAUAAAUUAAAUUAUAUACGAAUGGUUCCAGUUUAUCACAGUGAAAAAGAUAUUAAUAUAGGUAUUUCGAGUAAUGAUGCAGAAUUUGAUUCAUCUAAACUAGAUGAUGCUUAUGAUAACAUUCAAGAUAUGAAUUUAAUAGGUUCAUUAUUUUUAUUUUAUUGCUAG